AUGAACCGGCGGAAUAUGCGAUUCGCUCAUAAAUAUUCGAGGCUUCAUGCAUCAAGGUCCGAUUGGGAGUACUCGAACAAGGACAUCAAGACGGUAGAGUUGAUUAAGGCGAUUCAAGAGCAGCCAUGCCUUUGGAACAGGAUGAGCGAGGAAUACAGGGACCGAUACAAGCGCGACGAAGCCUGGCAAAAGGUCUAUACAAAACUCAAUCCGGACUAUAUGGAAUUAAAGAAUUCGGAACAAAUAGACAUAGGUGUUCAGAUCACCAAGAAAUGGUACAACAUAAGGGAUUCAUACGCAAAAAGGAAGAGGAGCGUAAAAAGCAAACCGUACCUAUACUCCGAUCUGCUUUCAUUCAUGGACAUUCAUUAUAUUGGAGAGAGCGGUAGCACAUCAAACACAAAUAGCGAACAAAAGGCAGCAGAAGACAGUAAUUCCGCAGAGGACACAGAAGAGAGCUUGCAGGCCUAUCCAGAAGAAAUCUACAUUGAUAUUGAUGAAGACGAAUGUGGAACGCCCGCUAAGUUAUCUAGAACGGAAAGGGAAUCGACCGCGAAGACAGAGGAACAUCAACAGGACGAUAAAUUGAUAAAGGUCUUGGAAAGCUUAGCAGAAAGGGAAACCGAUGAGGACAGAUCGUUUUUCGCUGCGGUGCUGUCUUCAGUGAGCUCAUUAUCCGAAGACUCCAAGUUGGAGUUUAGGAUAAAUGUGCUGCAGCUAAUACAAACUCUGAAGAAGAAGGACAAAGCGAAGGAUGCUAUGAAAACCGAAUUGACUAUUGAGAACAGUAAU